CUUCUUUCUCUUUUACAAAGGAUAUAUAACAAACAUGCCAUAACCAACCUCGCUUGUCCCAAACAACACUUCAAUCAUUGAUAGAAGUUAAACACAGAGUACCCUUUUCAUAACUUCCAUCUUCUUUCUCUUUAAAACUCUUCUCUGCAACCUUUUUCUGCAUAACUUUUCCUCAGCCUCCACCUUCAUCUAUUUAUCACCAGCCAUUGAAACCCAACAUUCAAAAGAAGAACUAAUCCAUGGCAGGUGGAGGUGGAGGAAGAAACUUGGAGGAAACACCCACAUGGGCCGUCUCCACUGUCUGUUUUGUUUUGAUCUUAAUAUCUAUAAUCAUCGAACAUAUCAUCCACCUCAUCGGAAAGUGGUUGAAGAAGAAGCACAAAAGAGCGCUGUACGAGUCACUGGAAAAGAUCAAAUCAGAGCUUAUGUUGCUGGGGUUCUUAUCGUUGCUUUUAACGGUGGGACAAGGUCUGAUAUCAAGAAUAUGUAUAUCAGAGAAAGUUGCAUCAACAUGGCACCCUUGUAGCCACGAAAACACAGACACUACUGAAGAGUCUGAACAGGGAACCAACAGCCGCAGGUUGUUAGCGGCGUUCCAUGGUUCAAACGAGGUAACUUCACGCCGUGUUUUGGCUGGAGGAGGAAGCGACAAGUGUGGCGAGGGUAAAGUGCCGUUUGUGUCAUCCGAUGGCAUCCAUCAACUCCAUAUAUUUAUCUUUGUGCUAACUGUUUUUCAUGUUUCUUACUGCAUUACCACCAUGGCUCUAGGAAGAGCAAAGAUGAAGAGAUGGAAAAGAUGGGAGGAGGAAACCAAGACACCAGAGUACCAAUUUUCACAUGAUCCUGAACGAUUUAGAUUUGCUAGAGAAACAUCGUUUGGAAGAAGGCAUUUGAGUUUCUGGACCAAAAACCCUGUCCUUAUGUGGAUUGUUUGUUUCUUUAGGCAAUUUGUGAGAUCAGUACCUAAAGUGGAUUACUUGACCUUAAGACAUGGAUUUAUCAUGGCACAUUUGGCUCCUCAAAGUCACUCCAAAUUUGAUUUUCGGAAAUACAUAAAACGAUCACUGGACGAGGAUUUCAAAGUGGUUGUCGGAAUCAGUCCUCCAUUCUGGUUCUUCGCGGUGCUGUUUCUUCUCUUGAACACUCAUGGCUCGUACUCUUAUCUGUGGCUGCCAUUUAUUCCUUUGAUCAUCAUUCUGUUAGUUGGAACCAAGUUGCAAGUGAUCAUAACUGAGAUGGGUCUGAGAAUUCAACAAAGAGGAGAGAUUCUAAAGGGAGUGCCAUUGGUACAACCAGGGGAUUAUUUGUUCUGGUUUAACCGACCUGCUCUUAUUCUUUACCUUAUUAACUUUGUGCUCUUUCAGAAUGCUUUUCAGCUGGCUUUCUUCUCAUGGUCUGUGCUUCAAUUUGGGAUUAAGUCUUGUUUCCACGCACAUACUGAGGAUGUAGUGAUCAGAAUCUCAAUGGGGGUCCUUAUUCAAAUCCUGUGCAGCUACGUCACUCUUCCUCUAUAUGCUCUGGUGACACAGAUGGGUUCAACGAUGAAGCCAACGAUAUUCAACGAAAGAGUUGCGGAGGCACUGCGGAAGUGGCACCAGACAGCGAAGAAGCAAAUAAGACAGAACCGUGUGGGAUCCUUGUCGUUGUCGGGGACACCCAUGUCGAGCAGACCCACGACCCCGAGCCACCACAUGUCUCCAAUGCACCUCUUGCGCUACUACCGUUCUGAAAUAGACAGCUUCCCCGCCUCUCCACGGCGUUCGAACUUCGACGGCGACCACACUCAGCCCUGGGAAAUCGAUUCCCCUUCUCCUUCGUACUCGCAGCACGAAGUGGAAAUGGGUCCCACCAAUGACCCCAAUACUAACACAAGCCAACAUGAAAUUGUUACGAUUGCACACACCAAGGAAUUUUCCUUUGAUAAUAGACCUACCACUGCCACGUAGUCACCCACCACCGUAUUCAUUCAUUCAAGGUGUUGCGUCUGUGUAAAUUCAAACAUUAUGUAUGUAACUCUAUCUUCUUAUGCCAUUCCUUUGGCAUCAUCGUAUAUAAAAAGAUGCGUGCAUGACACGUUGUAAUCGUCUUCUGUAACGAAUUCAUUAUCACUAUGAUGUAAUUAAGAAGUAUCAUUAAUUAGUUAAACAUAGCCACGGUGAUUCCAUUCUCGACGGCAUUAUAUAUAUGGUUGAUCUGGCUACAUCAUA